AUGCUGCUCUUCCUUAUUCUGUUGCCAGUAGUUUUUAAAUUUAGUUUUGUUAGUCUCUCAGUACUGCAAGGCUGGGACUGUUCUGAAGGCUCUUCCUCAGGAAAGGGGAAUUCUACUUGUGUGGGUCCUGAACCCUUCUUAAUUUUCUCCCAUGGAGGCAGUAUCUUUAGGAUUGACCUGGACGGAACUAAUUAUGAGCAGUUGGUGGCUGAUGCUGGUGUAUCAGUGAUCAUGGAUUUUCAUUACUAUAAGGAAAGACUCUAUUGGGUAGAUCUAGAACGGCAACUUUUGCAAAGAGUUUUUCUGAAUGGGACAAGGCAAGAGACAGUAUGCAAUAUAGAGAAAAAUGUUUCAGGAAUGGCAAUAAAUUGGAUAAAUGAAGAACUUAUUUGGUCAAACCAACAGGAAGGAAUCAUUACAGUAACAGACAUGAAAGGAAACAAUUCCCGUGUUCUCUUAAGCGCCUUAAAAUAUCCUGCAAAUGUAGCAAUUGAUCCAGUAGAAAGGUUUAUAUUUUGGUCUUCAGAGGUGGCUGGCAGCCUCCACAGAGCAGAUCUCAAUGGUGUAGAAGUGAAGAUUCUGUUAGAGACGUCAGAAAGAAUAACCGCUGUGUCACUGGAUGUGCUUGAUAAACGGCUUUUUUGGAUUCAGAACAAUAGAGACGGAAGCAAUUCUUAUAUUUGUUCCUGUAAUUAUGAUGGAGGUUCUGUACAUUUUAACAAACACCUUACGCAGCACAGUUUGUUGGCAAUGUCCCUUUUUGGUGAUCGUAUCUUCUAUUCAACAUGGAAAAAGAAGACAAUUUGGAUAGCUAACAAACACACUGGGAAGGAUAUGGUUAGAAUCAACCUCAAUCCAUCAUUUGUACCACCUGGUGGAAUCAAAGUAGUGCAUCCACUUUUACAGCCCAAGGCAGAGAGUGAUGCUUGGGCACCUGGUCAGAAACUCUGCAAGCUGAGGAAAGGUAACUGCACAGGCAGCGUGUGUGAGCAAGACUCUAAGUCCCAUUUGUGCACGUGCGCGGAGGGGUAUACUUUAAGCCCAGAUGGAAAGCACUGUGAAGAUGUCAAUGAAUGUGCCUUUUGGAAUCAUGGCUGUACUCUUGGGUGUGAAAACAUUCCUGGAUCUUAUUAUUGCACAUGCCCUGUAGGAUUUAUUCUGCUUCCUGAUGGGAAACGGUGUCAUCAAUUAAUUUCCUGUCCAAGCAAUACAUCUAAAUGUAGCCAUGACUGUGUUCUGACAUCAGAUGGUCCCAUAUGUUUCUGUCCUGAAGGCUCAGUGCUUGAGACAGAUGGAAAAACAUGCAGUGGCUGUUCAUCACCCGAUAAUGGUGGAUGUAGCCAACUCUGCCUCCCUCUUAGCCCAGUAUCCUGGGAAUGUGGUUGCUUUCCUGGGUAUGACCUACAACUGGACAAAAAAAGUUGUGCAGCAUCAGGACCACAGCCAUUUUUGCUGUUUGCCAAUUCUCAAGAUAUUCGACAUGUGCGUUUUGAUGGAACAGAUUAUGGAUCCCUGCUCAGCCAGCAAAUGGGAAUGGUUUUUGCCCUUGAUCACGACCCUGUGGAAAAUAAGAUAUAUUUUGCCCAUACAGCCCUGAAGUGGAUAGAGAGAGCUAAUAUGGAUGGUUCUCAGCGAGAAAGGCUUAUUGAGGAAGCAGUAGAUGUGCCAGAAGGUCUUGCCAUAGACUGGAUUGACCGUAAAUUCUACUGGACAGACAGAGGGAAAUCUCUCAUUGAAGGGAGUGAUUUAAAUGGAAAGCAUCGUGAAAUAAUCAUCAAGGAGGAGAUCUCUCAGCCACGAGGAAUUGCUGUCCAUCCAAUGGCCAAGCGAUUAUUCUGGACUGAUAUGGGGAUUAAUCCACGAAUUGAAAGUUCUUCCCUUCAAGGCAUUGGCCGACGGGUUAUAGCUAGUUCUGAUCUGGUCUGGCCCAGUGGAAUAACGAUUGAUUACUUAACUGACAAAUUGUAUUGGUGUGAUGCCAAGCAGUCUGUGAUCGAAAUGGCCAAUCUGGAUGGUUCAAAACGCCAAAGACUUGCCCAGAACGAUGUAGGUCACCCUUUUGCUAUAGCUGUGUUUGAGGAUCACGUGUGGUUCUCUGAUUGGACUAUGCCAUCGGUAAUAAGGGUGAACAAGAGGACUGGCAAAAAUAGGGUACGUCUCCGAGGCAGCAUGCUGAAGCCUUCAUCACUGGUUGUAGUUCAUCCAUUGGCAAAACCAGGAUCAGAUCCCUGCUUACACCAAAAUGGAGGCUGUGAACAUAUUUGCAAAGAGAGGUUUGGAUCUGCUCAGUGUUUGUGUCGUGAAGGUUUUGUGAAAGCCCCAGAUGGGAAAAUGUGUCUGGCCCUCAAUGGCCAUCAGAUACCACCGGCAGUAGGUAGUGAAGCAGAUCUAAGUAACCAAGUAACGCCACUGGAUGUCUUAUCCAGGAAUAGAGGAUCUGAAGAUAACAGUACAGAAUCCCAACAUAUGCUAGUGGCUGAGAUCAUGGUGUCAGAUAAUGACGACUGUGGUCCUAUAAGAUGUGGUACAUGGGCUCAGUGUAUUUCAGAAGGAGAAAAUGCCACAUGUCAGUGUUUGAAAGGAUUUACUGGCGAUGGAAAACUAUGUUCUGAUAUAAAUGAGUGUGGGACAAGCACCACCGUUUGCCCUCCCACCUCCUCCAAGUGCAUCAACACUGAAGGCGGCUACGUUUGCCAGUGCUCAGAAGGCUACCGGGGAGACGGGAUUCACUGUCUUGAUAUUGAUGAGUGCCAGUUGGGCAUACACACCUGUGGGGAAAAUGCCACCUGUACAAAUACGGAGGGAAACUACACCUGCAUGUGUGCCGGCACCCUGUCUGAACCUGGACAGAUAUGUCCUGACUCUACUCCUCCUUCUGUUCUCAUGGAGGAUGGCCGCUAUUCUGUGAGAAACAGUUAUCAGGAAUGCCCCCCAUCCUAUGACGGGUACUGCCUCUAUAACGGUGUGUGUAUGUAUAUUGAAGCAGUGGACAGAUACGCAUGCAACUGUGUUUUUGGCUAUGUUGGGGAGCGAUGUCAGCACCGGGACUUGAAAUGGGAACUGCGCCACGCUGGCCAAGGGAGACAGCGGCAAGUCACUGUGGUGGCCGUCUGCGUGGUGGCGCUCGUCUUGCUGCUGCUGCUGGGGCUGUGGGGGGCGCACUGCUACAGAACUAAGAAGCUACCAUCAAAAAAUUUGAAGAAUCCUUAUGAAGAGUCGAGCAGAGAAGUUAGUAGGCCUACAGACAGCGAGGCCGGGAUGGCCUCUUGUCCCCAACCUUGGUUUGUGGUUAUAAAGGAACAUCCAAAUCUCAGGAAUGGAAGUCAAUCUAUGGCCCUCAAGGACAGUGAGGCAGCAGAUGUUAGCCAGUUUUCCUCUCAGGAGACAGGGUCAGUGCAACUGCCAUCACGGAGAAAUGAACCCCAGGUGUACAUGGGCGCAGAGCAAGGCUGCUGCAUUCCACCAUCCAGUGAUAAAGGCUCUGGUCCCCACGGAAUGCAGUGGGGUUUUCAUCUCCCUUCCUGUGAGGCACAGCCCAUUGCUCUGGGGGUUGAGAAGUCACAAUCUCUCUUGUCAGCAAACCCCAUACUGCAACAAAGGGCCUCAGAUCUACCACACCAAAAGAAGCUGACUCAGUGAACACUGGAAUUGAAAGGAAGGUCAAGAGGUAUAAACUGUAUUGAUAGACAGUAAUAUUUC